GACACACUUUGAUUAACGAACCAGGAGCCAUGACGACGGGGGCAACAAAGAUAAGAACAAAAAAAGGAAGCAGGAACCGUCUUCGCAUCUUACUGGGAUGGGAGGGAAUGGACUCUCUAAAGCCGACAGAGAGGACGCAUCAUCAUCAUCAGUUAUAUCCUGGGUCAGGAACAACACUGCUCCCUACAACAGCCCGCAACUGUAAUCGACAUGGCACGUCGCAAUCGCGACACAUCUGGAGAUGAGGAGACACUCACCGUGGAUGAGUUGCGCGGAAUGAUGAACAAGCGCCCUGUUCAAGCGAAGGAGCGAACGACUGACCCGGCACAAAACACUCAGAGGAUGGACGCGGCGCUCGCGAAGUGCAGGAUUGGUGUGGCUUACAUCGAUAUACUCAAAAUCAAGAACUCGUUGUUAUUUGGCAAAUAUAACGAUCAGCCCCAGGAGGCCAGAGAGGUGAAUAAGCUUGUUGCAUCGUUUAAGAAGAAGGGGAUCCUGGCGAUGCGAGAAGCGACAGCGAUACCGAUCAUGCUAUCAGGCGCCCGCGUGAAGACUGGGUCAAGCCUCGUGGUCAACUUCGACAUCCCAGAUGCUGUACCACAGUUACAAUUGAAGGACGUCGACAAUAUUGUAGUGUCGUCAGGACGACACCGAGUUGCUGCGCUGAAGAAAUAUUCCGAAAUCGUCACUGAAGAGAUGGCGCGUAUGGAGCAACGCUGCGACGAUAUAACCGCUCGGAAGAAUCUGAGUCCAGACCACCUCACUGAAUUCAACAGGCUUCGCGACCAACUGGAUGACCUGCAGGGGACAAUAAUUCUGAUGGGAAAAUGGGGCGUCAUCGUGUAUGAUGAAGGUGAGUUCUACCGCUGUCUCUACUGUGCUACCGGAACUGUUGCGGCGGCUGGGUAACACAAGUCGUGCAUUUGAUGUAUCAUUCAAGGGACCGCGUGUUUUGGCGUGUUUUAGCUAUGGUAUGAGUUGGGAUCAAUUGUCGUUGCAACGGGUCCAGUGGGGGUAUGAGCAUCCAGCGCUGAUUAGUAUGCACCUACAGACAAUCCUUGCACGAGUACAAGGAAACUGCCGAAGAAGUGUUGAGCCAGAUCUUGCGAUUAGUGAAAAAAGCUUACAACAAUGCUUCUGAGCAUGAGCGAGUCGCGGCA